UACGGGAGUCAAUACCCGUAUUCGUUCAGCAUCCGUGUGUCACACAAAAAUCGCUCCUCCCUUUGAGCAUAGGAGGAAUCUGUAGAGAAGCUGUCGGGGUGGCGUUGUUCUACCAACACAAUUAGCCAUUGUAUGGAGUUCUGAGUCAUUCAACGAUAGAAACAUGAGCAGUCACUUAGCUUUCACCACUAUUCUCGCCGGCUUGCCUCACUAACUACCACAGUUACCCCACAAACCGCCGGGGCAGACUUCGCCUUUAUGGCCGGUCUGACUUACUUAGUACUCCGGUUUUCGGGCUCCGCUAGUCGGACUUAUGGAGUGUUUUCCAAAGGCUUGACAAGGACUUUGUUGAUAUUUUUUGAUCUUGCAUGGCGACUGCGAAUAAGAUUCCCAUAUAUCUACCUUGUCGCCUCGAUGAUGUUUAAUGUCAGAUUGCAGGUACACAUUGAAAUCCACUGAUGAAUCUCUAGUGCCUGCACUUGGAUUUAACAUAAUAAAUUGUGAGUACUGCCAUGUAUCAGCCGUCUAUAAAACAACUGGAUGACACUGCACAGCGAUGUGGAGGAAGAGGACGCUUAAUUCCGCAAACUGGUGUGACAGUGCAACAAAGUGAUAUGGCUGCUUGUUGUGGUCAGUUUUCGUCACAGCCACAGAGCCGAGAUGAGCAGUGAUACGUGAGAGAAGGGAAAUGAUGUUACGCAAUCACCUUCUUUAACUUGCCACCCAAGACUGAGGAGCCACUCGUCAUGUGCAUGAAGUUUGUGUCAGAUGAAGGAUGUAUUUUGACACUGCCUUUCCUAUCGAGGAGUGUGCAUGAAAACAGAUGAUUGUUACUGUGAAACUUUGUAGCUGCUUUCUUUUAUUUUAACACCUUUUCUGGGGUCCCAGUGUAAACAUCUCGCUGAAAAGAUUGGAACCAUUUCAUUUUAACUUAAAAAGUAAAUAUCUGCACCGCAUGACACAAACAAGCAUAGUUUCUGUGGCUUGGACACUUUACUUGAGGUUGGCGUUAACUGUAAAAGCGGUACAUGGAGACUUGUUGUAGGGCAACAGUACAGGUACCUUUACCACAUGUCAUCCUUGUGUUCAUACACACAGGUUGUUCUCCAUAGCCGUGACACUGGAAAGGUGACGUUAAUGUCAAAUGUUACCUGUAAAACAAUUUUUUAGCCUCAUUUGUCUGAAGUUUUUAUUUCUGUGAAAAAUAUCUGUGUGGUUUUGAAGUCACAUAAUCAAGGGUAAUGAUGAUUGAAACUGGGAAGUAAUAAAUGACUGAAAUCACUAUUCUCAGACUUUAU